AUGGUGGUGCGCUUCGUGGUCACGGGGUUUGGGAGGUUUUCCGGCGUGGCGUCCAACCCCACCGAGUGGCUGGUCGACAACCUGCCGGAGUACACGCGCGGCCGGCAAUCAGGCCCCAACAUCUGCGCCGUGCUGAGGGUGGCUGCCAGCGACGUCGACAAGUGGCUGGAGGCGACCGGGGAGCGGAUCAAGGAGCUGUAUCCCGAGGACGUGGUCGUGUGGCUGCAUCUGGGAGUGGACCCUGGUGGAAAGUGCUUGGCAAUUGAGCAACAAGCCAUCAAUUGUGCCACGUUCAUCAAUCCAGACGAAGAUGGCUGCACUUUCAUCAACCGAUCCAUCGAUGAAUCCAAUGGGCUGUCAACAGACGCGCACUUGUGCACUGACAUAGACGUCAAGUCUCUUUUGGACGAGCUGCAACAACGUGGCUUCAUGGCGACUUGCUCAGAGGACGCUGGACGAUUUGUGUGCAAUUGGAUCUACUUCAAGUCUUUGCGGCAGGCCAUGAUGGCGGGCAACGGCAAAUGGCACUCCCUCUUUAUACACGUGCCCUACUUCAGCCGAGUGCCGGAAAAGGUCCAGAUGGAAUUCGUUUCGACGGUCAUGGAUUCCAUUGCCGAGCAGCUGGCGUCGCGCUGCGAUGUUAGCGAGGUGGCAGCUUGA